GCGCCACCACUACCGAUCUGCCACCGGGUGUUCUGUACCGGGUGAAGGCCACCUACAAGUACGUCCGGGAGGACGUUGACGAGCUUAGCUUUGAGGUGGGAGACACGAUCAACGUGAUCGAGUACGAGGACCCGGAAGAUCAGGAGGAAGGCUGGCUGAUGGGCAUCAAGGAGGGCACAAACGAUAAGGGUAUGUUCCCCGCUAACUUCACCCGGCCGCUCUAAAGAGGAGCAACAGUUGGGCAGCAACAACAGCAGCACGAUCAGCACAUACACACAAAACAAACUGGAUGCCACUGGAACAAACAACCCUGCAAUUCCAUUGAUUUUAACAACAACAACAACAAGAACGCACGAAUAGCGAUCAGGGAAGAUGCAGAAAACAAAGUUUAAAGUUUAUUACCUACGACUAGAGGAGGAUAUCCGCUAAUAAUUAGGAUAAAGCAGACGCAGAAGUAAUCAAAACACUCGAAAAUCGAAAACUAACGUUUAAGAAGAAAGCUAAUUUGAAAAGUACAGUAAAAAUUAUGCCAAGAGUUUUACGUACGACGUACGGUAAGCAGAGAAUAAAAAUGAAAACUGGAACGUGCCUUUAGAAGAAUGUAAUGUAAAAUGUAAUUGUAAAACGUGACCAGACCAGAUAACAAAUUCAGCAGAAAGGAGUGAUUAUGUCGGCAAAUUUUACAUUGUUUUUUCGUUUUUAGCUAUUAGUUUCCUAUAAUUUUUUGUACCGUCCGUUUUUCCCAAUUGAGCUGCUGACAGUAUGCUUUUAUCCAGAUUUUGUAAUUUUUCUAUGUUUAAAGUCUUCCUAACCUGGUAGAAAUUUGUCUGCAACGUAAAUCUGUUUAAACUUGUCUUCCUGUUUUUAUAAUUUUCUUUCACCUGAAUGUCACUCAGCAAAGUGCUGUCAGCACGAAAAAGUUUGUGUAACAAAAGAAAUCUAUUGUAAAUAAUUCACACGAUAAUUCAAAAUCUGUAUCUGCUACUGCCUGUUCGGAAACUUUGUAUCAAUUUCAAUCGGAGCGCAAUAAAGUCUACAAUUUGGUUGAACAAUUCGAGCUGCCAAAAGUUUUACAACCAGACCUCCCACAAAUUGCCAAUCGCCGUAUUAAACCUAUUUUCUUUGUAAGUAGUCGUUGUGCAGAGCGUAAGUAGAUUGUAUAAAAAAACCUUCGUUUUCACACACGUUUUUAAUUUAACUGUGUUUUAUUACUUCACAGCACUAAAUUUUCUUGUGAGAGUCAUGCUACUGAAACAGGAUUCCGAUUGGUAGCUUUUUAUAUGAAUCACGAUUCACCGGUUCAUCUACCAAAUUGCAACAUUAAUUCAUAUUUAAACAGAUAGAUUUUAGUCAUAGCAAAGCGAUUCAUGCAUUUUUACAAAAGAUUGUUAAUUGUCCCAAUGAAAAAAAACACUCGAUGAUUGUAGCUUUACACCCGUAUGCAAUAGUUCAAACCCAACAGAAACCCUUCCAUUUUCAUGCAGUCUCGAAUAGAAGAGCACAUUAUUCUUUGCCACAAUCGCCGUACUAUUGUAUUGUCUCAUACCCAUUAUUUCUCAUCGCUUCUAUAGCAAAACCACCCACAAACGGUCACUUACUAUCACUUUAAUUAUUCUCCAGUCACCAUUGUUUUUAUUAUAUUUGAAAGUUUUAUCUUAUUUAACAAAUUAUUAAAUUAAUGCAUAACUUAGUUGAGUAGUGUUUAACAAAAAUGAUGAAACUGCAAUAACCGUUGAAACUAUUGUAGUGAUGAUGAAGCACACACACACAUACAACACAUGUAAAAAGGAAAAAAAAAUAAACGAAACGCAAACAGAUUUGAACAUUUUCAAAGCGAAAUUCGAAAAAUGAUGAAAAUUGAAAAAAAAAUCGAAAAUACAUUCAAAACUUUGCAAAAAAAAAGAGUAAACAAAUGAGAUGUCAGCAUCUGUUGAGAUAAGCGAAACAAUGAUUGGAAAAAGUGGAAUUAUAAUAAAAAUGAAAAUGAAGAAAAUUCGAUGAGGAUGAUUUAAUAUAUUUCAAGUAAAAUUAUUAAUACAAUAAUAUGCCCUAAGGAUACAGACGAUCUAAAAAGGAUGGAUGAAACUUGUGUACAAUUUAAA